AUGGUGAGAGAAAGCAAAAACAGAGAAGGUACUGUCAAAGGUAAUGGACUUUGGAGGCAUUACAAUUUGGGCCCUAUGAAGAGCCCACAGGCUCUGAAUACGUGUGAACCGUGGGCCAGCGCCAGCAUGGGAGUUGCUGAGACAGCACGUGUGGACCUGUUGGAGUUCUACACUGUAACGGGAGAGUGA